CAUCAGCCCGGCCCGGCCCGCCUUGCCCGCAGCGUCCGCGCUGCUCCGCACACAGAUCAACGGAGCAUCCACCAUCUCCAAAUUGGUUUGUCAUUUCUGACCCCUCUCUCCUGCCAACAGGUCACGGCCCUCGACUGCUCGGUGCGCGGACUUCAGAAGUCUGCAGGGACGUAGACAGCCGUGAGAGAGACCGGCAAAGAGGGGAGAGAGAGGGAGAGAGAGAGAGAGCGAGGAAACGAUAGAGAGAUAGAGCGAGAGAGAGAGAGAGAUGCUGGUCUCCGGUACUCUAAUGGAUUCAGUCCAUCUGAACGGACGGCAUACCAUCCUUUACGCUGUGUGAGCAGUCAUCGGGACACGUCUCGCUGGCUUACGGUUGUCGGUUGUACCCCCGGUUUGCUCGUUCGGUGACGGCCGCCGAUUUUUUUUUUCUUUCUUUCUUUCUUUUUUUAUUUUUUAUUUUUAUUUUUUUGCUCAAUCGGGAGGAUUCGUUCAACCGCUUUUAUUCACCGGAGCCGUCGUCGACCGAACUUAUUGAUUGAAAGGAAAAUAUUUUCCGUCCCAACAUUUGUAGUCGGCGGGGGACGACUGUAAGCGCAUCGGGGGAAGGUUAAAACGAGACCGUCCGCACUGGAUGUGCCUACUGCGCUGAACUGAAAACUGAAACAUAUGGGCUGUAUGGUGUCAGUAGCAGUGAGCUGUGAAAGGAGCAGCUCCCUCCAAAAUUGUCUGGGCUCAACAGGAAGUACUGCUGCAUCUACUUCCAGGUCAACUGCAGAGGUCAUGAGGACCGCUGGCCUGCUAUUCCUCUGUGUCCUGUUUGCUCCCAUCACCGUUGCCUCCAGCCGUGCCCCUAUUCCCAUGGCGGUGGUGCGCAGGGAGCUGUCCUGUGAGUCCUACCCCAUAGAGCUUCGCUGCCCUGGCACAGAUGUCAUCAUGAUCGAGAGUGCCAACUAUGGCCGCACCGAUGACAAGAUCUGCGACUCCGACCCUGCCCAAAUGGAGAACACACGAUGCUACCUGCCUGACGCAUACAAAAUCAUGUCGCUAAGAUGCAACAAUCGUACCCAGUGUGCUGUUGUGGCUGGUCCUGAUGUCUUCCCAGAUCCUUGCCCCGGCACAUAUAAAUACCUGGAGGUCCAGUAUGAGUGUGUCCCAUACAUGUUCUUUAACAAGGAGCGCACCCGCAACAUUGUCAAGUUUGACCUGCGCACGCGCAUCAAGAGCGGCGAGGCCAUCAUCGCCAACGCAAACUACCACGACACCUCACCGUACCGCUGGGGCGGCAAGUCGGACAUUGACCUGGCAGUGGAUGAGAACGGCCUGUGGGUGAUCUACGCCACGGAGCAGAACAACGGGCGCAUCGUGGUGAGCCAGCUCAACCCUUACACCCUGCGCAUCGAGGGCUCCUGGGACACCAGCUAUGAUAAGCGCACGGCCUCCAACGCUUUCAUGAUCUGCGGCGUCCUGUACGUGGUGAAGACCGUGUAUGAGGACGACGACAACGAGGGGACGGGCAACAAAAUCGACUACAUGUACAACACUGAUAAGAGCAAGGAGACGUCGCUCAGCAUCCCGUUCCCCAACUCUUACCAGUACAUCGCGGCGGUGGAUUACAACCCCAGAGACAACCUGCUGUACGUGUGGAAUAACUACCACGUGGUCAAGUACUUGCUGGACUUCGGUAACAACGACUACCGUCAACCUGUGGGCCCUCCUAACCGGGCAGGAGGUGGUGGAAGUUCCUCCUCGACCAGCCGCACCACCACCACCACCCGUUCUCCCCCCUACUUUACCACCCCACGACUUCCCCUCACCACUUCCCCAGGCCAACGUUACCGGACCACCACCACAGUCCGCCAGUCCGCCUUGGUCCCCCCGGGCGGCUCGUCCUCUGACACCAACCAGAUUCCUGACACCAACAAGAAGGUUGGGGGACGGUCUCCACCAGUUAAGCCCCUUCCACAAGCCCCUCAGCCCCCUGUCCAGCCCUCCCAGGACUUCUGCAGUCCCAGGGUAGCGGCAGACGUGUCCUGGCCCCGCACCCAGCAGGGCCACACUGCCAAGCAGCCAUGCCCCGUAGGCACAUUAGGCGUGGCCACGUACAUGUGCGUGGCCCAGCUGGGCUACUGGAGUCCCCGGGGUCCUGACCUCAGCAACUGUACGUCGCCCUGGGUCAACCACAUCAUGCAGAAACUCCGCUCGGGUGAGACAGCAGCCAUCGUGGCCCGGGAGCUGGCUGAGCAGACCAAGGGCCUGCUGCAUCCCGGCGAUGUGACGUCCACAGUGCGAGCCAUGGCCCAGCUGGUGGAACUGCUGGACGUCCAGCUCAGGAACCUCACCCCCGGGGGAAAGGACAGCGCAGCCCGCAGCCUCACCAAGCUCCAGAAGAGAGAAAGGUCGUGCAGGUUUUUCACGCAGGCGAUGGUGGAGACAGUGAACAACCUGCUGCAGCAACGGGCCCAGGCGGCCUGGAGGGAGCUGCCCAGCAGCAUGCAGCUCCAUGCGGCCACGAUGCUCCUGGACACCGUGGAGGCCGGCGCCUUCAUGCUGGCCGAUAACCUGCUCAAGACGGACACCGUGCAGGAGACCGCCGACAACAUCCAGCUGAAAGUAGCCAGACUGAGUACAGAUGGGAAGCUGGAAGACCUGACGUUCCCUCAGUCAGAGUUACAUGGAAACUCCAUCCAGCUGUCAGCCAGCACACUUAAACAGCAUGGCAGGAAUGGGGAGAUCAGGAUGGCCUUUGUCCUGUACAGGAACCUGGGUUCGUACCUGUCCACGGAGAACGCCAGUGUCAGACUGAGCAGCGAGGCGGUCUACGCUAACUACUCUGUCAUAGUCAACUCCCCGGUCAUCACGGCGUCCAUCAAUAAGGAGAGCAACAAGGUCUAUCUGUCCGAGCCCGUGGUCUUCACUGUCAAACACCUACAGCAUUCGGAGGAGAACUUCAAUCCCAACUGUUCGUUCUGGAGCUACUCCAAGCGCACCAUGACGGGAUUCUGGUCCACGCAGGACUGUCGUCUGCUGGCCACCAACCGCACACACACCACCUGCUCCUGCACACACCUCACUAGCUUUGCUGUGCUCAUGGCCCACGUGGAGGUCAAGAAACCAGACUCCAUGCACGACCUGCUCCUGGAUGUCAUCACCUGGGUGGGGAUUCUGCUCUCGCUGGUCUGCCUGCUUAUCUGCAUCUUUACCUUCUGCUUCUUCCGUGGGCUGCAGAGCGACCGCAACACCAUCCACAAGAACCUCUGCAUCAGCCUCUUCAUCGCUGAGUCACUGUUUCUGGUCGGGAUCAACAGGGCCGACCAGCAGAUUGCCUGUGCGGUGUUCGCGGCCCUGCUCCACUUCUUCUUUCUGGCAGCCUUCACCUGGAUGUUUCUGGAAGGGGUGCAGCUUUACAUCAUGCUGGUAGAGGUGUUUGAGAGCGAACACUCCAGGACUAAGUACUUCUAUCUGGCAGGCUACGGGGUUCCUGCUGUUAUAGUGGCCGUGUCCGCUGCAGUGGACUACAGGAGCUAUGGCACCGACAGAGUUUGCUGGCUGCGGUUGGAUACGUACUUUAUCUGGAGCUUUAUAGGGCCUGCCACCCUCAUCAUAAUGCUGAACGUAAUCUUCCUGGGUAUCGCUCUUUAUAAGAUGUUCCACCACACUGCUAUUCUCAAACCAGAUUCUGGAUGUCUGGAUAACAUCAAGUCUUGGGUGAUCGGCGCCAUCGCUCUGCUGUGUCUGCUGGGCCUGACCUGGGCCUUUGGCCUCAUGUAUAUAAAUGAGAGCACUGUGAUCAUGGCCUACCUCUUCACCAUCUUCAACUCCCUGCAGGGCAUGUUCAUCUUCAUCUUCCACUGCAUACUCCAGAAGAAGGUACGUAAGGAGUACGGCAAAUGUCUGCGCACCCACUGCUGCAGCGGAAAAAGUGUGGAGACCUCCAUCUCCUCCUCCAGUAAGACCACCACCUCUCGGACACCCGGCCGCUACUCCACAGGCUCACAGGUGAGCUUACCUGCCUGCACACCAGGACGCUACAGCACUGCAGACUCUCAGAGUCGCAUCAGACGGAUGUGGAACGACACCGUGAGGAAGCAGGAGUCUUCCUUCAUCACCGGAGAUAUCAACAGCUCUGCCACACUCAACCGAGGAGCCAUGGCUAAUCAUCUUAUAACUAAUGCUCUCCUUCGUCCCCAUGGUACUAACAAUCCUUAUAACACUCUCCUCGGGGAUUCGGCAGUCUAUAACAAUCCAGCUGUGGGCAUGUACAACACCCAAGCACCGUACCGUGACACAAAGGGCAUCCUGAACAAUGCCAGGGACUCCAGCGUCAUGGAUACGCUCCCGCUCAACGGUAACCAUGCCAACAACUACAGCAUGGCCAGCAGCGAGUACCUGAGUGACUGCGUCCAGAUUCUGGACCGCAGCGGCGGCUAUGGUACCCACAUUAACCAUAAGGAGACCACGCUGGAGAAGAAGAUCCUGAAGGAGCUGACCUCGAACUACAUCCCAUCCUACCUCAACAACCACGAGAGGUCCACCACCGAGCGCAACCACAACCUGAUGAACAAACUGGUCAACAGCAGCAUGGCCAACGGAGGUGGCAUGGUAGGCGGCAGCAGCAGCAGUGGUGUCAGUAGCAACAUGGGCAGUAGCAAAGAGGACAAUGGCCCCAUGGUGCUGGACAAUCCCACAGCCUUCCCUCACGAGGAGAACCUGGGCCUGGAGAUCAUCAGGGAAGAGUCCAAUGCGCCACUGCUGCCCCCACGGCCCCCUCCGCCAGACAGCCAACCCCCACCACCCCCUCCCCCCCACAGCUUCUCCCGGCCCCGCCGCAUUCCCCAAGAGACCAGUGAGAGCUUCUUUCCCCUCUUGACCAAUGAGCACACCGAUGAGCACACGCACUCGCCCAAUCACAGAGACUCUUUGUACACCAGCAUGCCGGUGCUGACUGACGUCCCGGAUGGCCAGAUGAAUGGUUUAACAGAUGGCGAGGAAGAGAGCUCUGGGGAGCUGCAGCCCUGUAAGAGCGCCACUGCUCCAGAGCUGGAUGACGUCUACUAUAAGAGCAUGCCCAACCUGGGCUCUCGCAACCACCUUCAUGAGCUACAGAGCUACUAUCACAUGGGCCGGGGGGGCAGCGACGGAUACAUGGUGCCAGCCAACAAGGAGGAUUCUGAUUCAUCACCUGAGGAGCCUCCUGUAGAUCCUUCCCACCUGGUCACUAGUCUAUAGAGCUACUAAGGGGACUCCUGUCCCUCCCCAGCCCACCCUUGCACUCCCGACUCUCCAAUGAAAGUGGUUGUGUGUUGAUUGACCGACUCCGUGGGCCCACCCCUUGGUUUAUGUACUGUGUUUGAUAUUCUCGAUGAUUCGUGACAAUAUGGAGAAGGUAUCGCUGGUCAAAAUGAAAGGAAAGAUCAGAGGUGUUGUCAUAAGUUCAGAGUGAAAAGGCAGUUUUGAAAACAUUUAAUGUGAAUAUCAUACAGGAAUGGAACCACCAAGGGGAGGAACGUGAGAUGGGAUCCUGUAAUUUUACUUCCCCUCUUACUUUAAUCUGGAAUUUUGGAUUAACAGUAGCCCUACACAUUCCCCAAUAUGGACUCCGAGCAGAUCAUAACAUAUAGUUCCCACUUCCAUCACUACAAGGGCACGGCCCCAUGCCCUGGACUAAGGAGCUCUGUCCGUCUGUCUGUCUGUCUGUCCGUCUGUCUGUCUUAUUCUCCAAGACAUUUAAAGGGAUGUUGUUUAUUCCUCUUCAAAGGGUACUACAGGACAGCAAACCGCAAGGGUCUAAACAGGAACUGGCCCCAACAAGGCCCAACUCCACUACUUGCCAAUCAAGUGGAGUGUGUAUGAUAUAUAUGCCCUAACAACUGAUCAUCCCAGAAACUAUUUUGUUAGACAACCGAACCAUAGCCAUAUCACUCUGUUCUCAAUUAUCUCCACGUUGGUAUCUGCUAAACUGGACUUGUGUCUGGGCUGGUGUAACAUUCCCGCAAGUUGCAGUGGGACUGCAGCAACUGUAUAUUUGACUGAAAACAAAGAAGGAAAAAUCCUUUCAUGAAAGACUAGAUGAAAAAAGACGAACAAUGGGUUAAAUUUCUCCUUUCUCCUUGGAAGUUUUCGGUUAUCAAAGGAUGAUGACGUAAUCACACACAGUUUAUAUGUAUUGUACAGAAUGCAGAUACAAAAGUUGCGUAUGACCAAGUCAUGUUUAUAUUUUUUAUUUUAAGUUGCCAACUUUUUUGUUUUCUUUUUUUUUGUGGAACUGUCCUCAUCUGCUCACACAUAGAUAACAGAACAAGCUAGAAACAACCAACCCUCAUUUCAUGUUUUCUUAAAUACGGAGACAGUAAGCACCACUUAAUUAACACACAUGUAUACCCUACGCACACUUUAUUCUGGUCCUUUUAUAGCAACACCACCAUCACUUAUAUUUUGAAAGUCAAUUGUAACUAUAUAUUUUUACCACUGUGUAAAUUUAAAAUUAAAGGGAAAGUGAUAUGUGGCAAAGUUAUCAAGGAGGACUGUCGCUGCCGUGGAUGCUAACUAUGGAAAUGUUAAGUUGUAAUGAUUCCAGGAGGAGAUGGCCCGUGCAUUGCUCAUAGGCACGUGGAUAAACCUGGGUCUAAAGAAGCAAGGCUGGCAAAUACUUGGGAUUUUAUGUGGCUUUCAUAUAUGCACCAUAUCCUGUCUAUUGCCAAAUACUCUUAUCAAUCGAUGACCAUUACCUGCUCGGGCCAGUUCAAACAUAACUGUACAGCAAAGAAUACACAGAAUGUUAGAAAAUUAGACACGCAGAAGAAAAAGAAAAGAAAUUCUAAGUGAAAAGCGUGGGUCCUAUCUGUGACCAUGAUUAAGCCAUGCAGGUUCACUGAUGAGCCAAAACAUUAUGACCACUCACAUGUGAACAGAAUCAUGUUGAUCAUCUCCAAACAAGGGCACGUGUCAAGGUCUGGGUAGAUUAGAUGGUGAGCGAACAAUCAGUUCUCGUAGUCAACAUGUUGGAUGCAGGAGACCUGAGCGACUUUGACAAGGGCCAACUUGUUAUGGCCAGACGACUGGGUCAGAGCAUCUCUGAAACCGCACGGCUUGUGUGGUGUUCCCAGUCAGCAGUCGUGAAUACCUACCGACAGUGGUCCGAGGAGAGACAAACCACAAACCGGCGACAGGGUGUUGGGCGCCCAAGGCUCAUCGAUGUGCGAGGGCAACGAAAGCUAUCCCAUCUGGUCCAAACCGACAGAAGGUCUACUGUGGCACAUGUCUUAGAAACUUUUAAUGAUGGUGACAAUAGGAAUGUGUCACAACACACAAUGCAUCGCACCCUGCUGCAUUUGGGGCUACAUAGCCGCAGACCAGUCACAGUGCCCGUGAAGACCCCUGUUCACCAUCAAAAGUGCCUACAAUGGACACACAAGCGUUGGCACUGGACCUAGGAGCAGUGGAAGAAGGUUGCCUGGUCCGAUGAGUCCCAUUUUCUUUUACAUCACAUGGAUAGAUGUAAACGUGGGCUUUUUACCGGGGCAAGUGAUGGCACCAGGAUUCACUGUGGGAAGAUGACAAGCCGGUAGUGGGAGUGUAAUGCUCUGGGUAAUGUUUUGCUGGGAAACCCAGGGUCCGGCCAUUCAUGUGGACAUCAAUUUGACACGUGUCACCUACCUAAACAUCAUUGCAGACCAGGUACACCCCUUCAUGGCAAUGGUAUUCCCUGAUGACAGUGGCCUCUUUUAGCAGGACAAUGCACCCUUGCCACACUGCACACAUUGUUAGGAAAUGGUUUGAGGAACAUGACAAAGAUUUCAAGGUGUUGCCCUGGCCUCCAAGUUCUCCAGAUCUCAAUCCACAAGCAUAUGUGGGAUGUGCUGGACAUACAAGUCCAAUCCACGGCGGCUCCACCUUCCAACUUACAGGACUUGAAGGAUCUGCUGCUAAUGUUUUGGUGUCAGAUACCACAGGACACCUUCAGGGGUCUUGUAGAGUCCAUGUCUCGGUGGGUCGGCACUGUUUUGGCGACAAAUGGAGGACCAACAGCAUAUAGGCAGGUGGUCAUAAUGUUUUGGCUCAUCGGUGUAUAUUGAAGUUGUGAAACCUCUGCACAUGGCGGCACUCUCUAGUGUGGAAAGCCAAUGUUUACUUAUGUAGGGAAAAUUUUCAUAAGUGUCUGAAGUGUGUAGCUUGCACAUGUACCCCACAUGCCCGCCCCCCAUGAGAGAAAUUAUUUAUUUAUCUGUUUAUUGGGUUAUAAAGAGCAAAACAAACAUAGAGGGAAGAACGCUGGUUACAAGAAGGGGUAGAUAAAGUGGCACUAAGAGGUUUUUUUUUUUCUUUUUUAAAUUAUUAUGAUUAUUAAUACAAUUAUUAUUGAGAAUUAUUUAUUCUUUUUGUAUGGGUUUCAAGGUGAAUGAUCUCAUAACUAAUAUUUGUUGUAAAAGUGAAAGUUGUUUGCCAACAAAUAAAUUACUGACAUAGCUUGGCUGUUCCCUGCCUCUUGACCCUUCAGGUUGUACCUUGAACCUAAAUACAAAUAUGAGGUUAUUGUCCUUUGAAAAACAAAACUUGUCAACCUGUCCUGUCAAACCUGUGUGAAUUUAUUGCGGAUUUGCAUCUUAGACCGUUCAGACUUUAUACGUGCGUAUUGCCAUCAAGUUGUUUUUGCCAGAGUGCAUUUGUACUAGACAAAGUUCACGUUUUCUCUAAAUGAUGGAUCCGUCACUGCAGCUGAGAGCAGGAUGAUGCAACUGACAGUGCCAGUUCAGUAAAUGUACUAUUAGUUUUUUAUGGAGCGAACCAGUUUAUAUACCUGCAGUGAUUUUCCUUGGUGGACUGUACUGGGUAUUUCACUCUCUGGCAUGCAUACUUCCACAUUCACCCCCAGUUCAUGAAUUCUCAUGGUAAAUAUUACUACUGUUGCCGUUAGACUUUUUCCUUGCAGCCCUUUG